UUAUAGGAGUGGCCGCCAGGGGCAGUGCUGAGCUGGGAAGUGGUUGGAAGUAACGGAGUGAAGGAGACGGAUUGGACUGCUCCUGAGAUUUCCGAACGUCCCAUUCUAGUGAGAUUAGUGCGCAGGCGAGUAGUGCCGAAGAUUGCCGAGUUGGGAGCCGAGACCUGGGGGACUAGGGGCCGAGUAUUGGCGGAGAUUGCCGAGCGGAUACGGAAACGUGUCGGGAGAGGAUUAGAGGAGAGAGAAAGAGAAAGUUUGGGCAGCGGAGAAGAGAGAGGAUCGAGGGGAAAAGAGAAGGGGACUCCCCAUGUCUCAGUUGGAGGAUGAGGAUUCGGGGCAGGAACCAAUCUCCCCCUCGGCAGAUUUCCCUGGGGAGGAGCUGGAAGUUACCCCGGUGGCCGAAACGUUUGCCCGCGGGUUCGACUGCGUCUCCAUCUCUUCCUUCCCCGGGGAGAGGCUGAUACCUGGCAAGGAGGACACCGCCUCUCUGGUUUCCACGGCAACUCUGGUUCCCGAGUGCAUCUACAUUCCCCCCUCGGGGUAUCAGCUGGUGCCAGAGCAGGAGGUGACAGAGCAGAGAGUGGCCCUACAGAGCGCCACGGAGAGACUGGAGCGGGCGACGCGGGAGAAGGAGUGCCUGCAGGAGGCGCUGCGCUGCAGCUCGGAGGAAUGUGCCACCCAGGUGCAGGUCUUGCUGGAUCAGAUAAAGAGCUCAGAAGAACUUCUCCAGAACCUUCAGAGAACCUUGAGUGACACCCAGCAGAAGACAACAAGACAAAUGGCGACACUAACUGCCACUUUCAACCGCUUGUGCCAAGAGGUCAAUUGCCUGAAUGAGGAGAACGAGAAGCUGAGGGCCCUGAGCUCUGCAACUGCCCCCGGGGAGCCGAGAGUCACUGUGGAACCCUCCCCCACCCAGAGGGCGGUGCAGCACCGACAGGAGAGACUCUGUAUAGAGAUUGUGUCCCUACAGGAGGAGCUGAAACUGGAGCAGCGGGAAAAGAGCCUCCUGGAGGGGCAACUGCGGGUCCAGCAAGAGACACACACAGAGGAGACACAGAUCAUGGAAGCCACUCUCUCCAGUCUGCGCACAGAAAUGGAGCGACUCCAGCAGGAGAGGAAGCAGACUGAGUUGCAGCUACAGGAGUCUGAGAGCCAAGUGCAGAAACUGUGGGAGUCUGUGAGUGAGCAGGAAAAGUGCCUCCUACAGGAGAAGGAAGGGAAGAUUUGCCUCCAGGCCGCACUCAGUGAGGAGAAGACUAAGGUUUCGAGGCUUCAGGCCGAGUUGGGGACCAGCGAGGAGGUUCAGAGGGACUUUGUGCGUCUGUCGCAGGCACUGCAGGUGAGUUUGGAGAAGAUUCGCCAGGCGGACUCCAUGGCAGACGUGAGCUCCAUCUUGGAAGGGACUCGGCUCACGGAUAUUAACCAACUGCAGGAAACCUGACUCUGCACCCAGAAGCCUCAGGGGCCCCUGACUCACUGCGGUGUAUAGUGUACAUAGGGCCGGUGUGACUAUAACUCUAACAUUUGCACUAUAGGGAGGUGGGUAGGUAAGUUACUGCCAUGGGAUUCCGUGUAGCACCGGGGGCAGUGGGACCCUCUAUCCAUGUAACGGGCGGAGCACCUCAGUCCCAGCAUCCCUUGGGGCAGCCAGGCAGUAUAUUUACCAUAUGCAUCUCAUUAGAAUGACUAAUUAACUAACAAGUUUCUGUUACAAUUUAUUAAAAGUCUCUUUUAUACAAA